AUGGAUUUAGUUAAAUACCUUAACAAAAAUGAAAGGGUUCGCAACAUAUGUAUACUAGCCCAUGUAGAUCAUGGGAAGACCACUCUGGUCGACAACCUCAUAAGCUCUAACAAAAUUAUAAGUGACAAGAAUAUAGGAAAGGUCAAGUACCUGGAUAGCCGCGAAGACGAACAAAAGCGGCAGAUCACGAUGAAGAGCUCCAGCAUCCUUCUCAAACACACCUACAAUAAGGCCUACUUGGAUGAAUUAUUCCGCGACCGGGCGGGCGAUCCGAAGCCGGCAGCGGACAUAGAUAGGCAUACCAUUGGCACGGAGAGGCACACGCCUGGGAAGCAGUUUUCCAACGUGGAUGGAGAACACUGCAAACCCAAUGCCAGCCCAAAUGGAAACGCGAGUACCACUCGUAGCGUCAUCAAGAAGAGAGAAGGGACGGAGAUGGACAAGCAGGAGGAUGCUGAAACGGCGGAAGAUAGAAACACACAUCUUAUUAACAUCAUAGACACACCCGGACAUGUGGAUUUCUCGUCCGAAGUGUCCACAUGCAUUCGAAUCUGUGACGGAGCACUCAUACUAGUAGACUGCAUAGAAGGAAUGUGCAGCCAAACAAAAAUUGUGUUAAGACAGACGUGGAAAGAAAUGAUCAAAAGUAUUCUUGUCAUUAACAAAAUUGAUAAACUAAUUACCAACCAAAAUAUGGACAGCAUAAGUGCAUAUGAUCAUAUAAAUAAUAUCAUUGAACAAGUGAAUGCGUAUAUUUAUCAGUUAUACGUUGAAGAAAAUAUGAACAACGAGAAUGUUGAAACGUCUGAAUUGGAAAAGUACACAUAUUCACCAUUAAAAGGAAAUGUCCUCCUGUGUAGCAGUACACACUGCUGGUGUAUAGAUAUGAAUAUCUUUUCUACUCUCUUCUGCAAAAAAAUGAAUAUAAAUAUAAACAAUUCAGAUAAAAUAAAAAAAUAUAUGUGGAAUCAAUAUUAUUUCAAUACCAAGGAGAAAAAAAUUUUAAAAAUUACAAACGAUACAAGUACAUAUACAGGUAACAACAGUAGUGGAAAAAAAAAAAAAAAAAAUUUAUUCUCAUUAGUGGUGUUAGAUUUUUUAUGGAAAAUAUAUGACAUCACAACGAUUAAUAGGGAUGAUGAACAGAUUAAAAAAUUAUGUCUGGAAUUAAACAUGUCUGAUUAUUUUUUAAAAAAAAAUCAACAGAAUAACGUAGAAAAUAAUACGUUCAUUUUGAUUUACAUCAUGUCACAUUUUUUGAAUUUAUCAAGGUCAAUUUUUAAUUCUUGUAUUGAAAUUUUUCCGUCACCCAAAAAUAUUGACCCAAACAGACUUUUCAAAAUUUAUCCCUCAUUGUAUAAUGAAGACAUAUAUCGUAACAUAAUUGAAUGUUCCUCCUCCACUGACUUUACCAUCAUUUACAUUUCGAAGUAUAUUUGUGCCAAUGUGCAAAAUAAUACUCUUAUAGGCUUUAGAGGUUUUUAUGACAAAAAUACGUUUCUGUCCAUAUGCAGAAUUUAUUCUGGUAUGUUGUACGAAAAUAUGUUCCUCUACAUUUGCGGCAAGGGCAUCAAAACUGUGGUUAAGAAAAUUUACAUUUGCAUGGGUGGGGACCUCCUACCUAUUGCCCAGGCCUACGCGGGAAACAUAGUGGCCGUCUACUUGUCCAUAGUCCACGUGGACGCCCCCAAUAUGCGGGACAGUGGUGACACUGACGGUGGGGUAGACCAGCCGAAGGAAGACGCCAAAAGAGAGGACGAUUCGGUUUCCACGUGGGCACAAGACCAACCCCCCUUUCAAACGGAUAAUAAUGUAAACAAGUCGGGCAGCAUUCCCCAAGAGCAACUAAUCGAGACGCAAACCGAACACGGAACACCGAGCAGCAAUAUGCCCCUAAACAUAGACUACCAUGGUGGGGGAAAAAACGACCUGCAGUACCUCUCAAACACGUUGAUGAAUUUGAUAAAAAACAAACGAAGUAAAAAAGAACACAACAUAUUUAUAAUGAACAGUGAUGGAGUUUUUCUAAACAAAAAUAUUACCUUGUCCAAUCACAAGAAUGCAGAUUCGUUUAUUCUUCCCUUCACGGAUACCUGCUCAACCAUACUGCACACCAUAAUAGAACCCAAGAACAUUCAAGACAUGAAUAAAUUUUUGUAUGGAUUAAUCCUACUCUACACAUGUGAUACUUCCAUCGACAUCGACUUUAACGAAAGGGGAGAAUAUAUUCUCAAGUUCUGUGGAGAAAUACAUAUGCAAAAAUGCCUGUCUGAUUUUGUAAACAUUUAUAGCAACAUUGAAAUUAAAACAUCCGACACGAAUAUCUCCAUUAGGGAAGGAAUACAAGAAAAUAUCGUUAAGGUAAAAAGGAAGAAAAAUAAAGUACAAGAAAGUAUGAAAGAUUUGCACACAUACUAUGUCACGAUUAGCAUGGACAAUCAAGUCAAAAGCGGGGGAUGCGCUGCAAAUGCGGAAGGUACAAAAGAAGCUAACAAUAAAGGUAUGCAGGAUAGUGACACUGGUAGCGUAGUGGGGGGAGAAAAAAGUGCUUCUCAUAAUACCGCCGAUGAUGAUUGUGAUAGAAGCAACUGUAACACUCUACGUGGAUCCAAAAUCGAACGAACAGAUAACCAUUCGACAAACAUCUUCAGACAUAUUCAGAUUGAAAAAGAAAAUCAUUUCCUAAACAUCCUUUUCAAUUACAGUCACAAUACAAUUUGCCAAAAGCUAAACAACAAUUCCUUUUACGUUUUUUUAAGUGCUAUAAAUAUGCCCCAAAUUUUGCUCCACUUUUUUGACAAACAUUAUUCAAAUAUACAAGCCGUGUUAGAAAACAGGUCCAUAUCUCCUUGCUUUUUAAAUUAUGAAAAAAAUGAAUCGUCCUGCACAAAUGAACAAGUCAUGUACAAGCAGUGUUUGAUUAACCUGGAGAGGUGCAUCAACGAUUUGUGUUUCUGCGAUCGAGUUGACUUGGACGACGCACUGGACGCCCCCUCUGGCGUCGACGCAGCCGAUGCACGAACAAACCGCAUCAACGCUGUUGGCAGCAUGGACAAUGUGAAUGAAGGACCCGCGCCUGGCCCCCCCUCCAGCGGAGAGAAAGCCAGCCAGCUACGCAAAAACAAGAAUUACCAACUGGACCUCUGGGAUGUGUGCGUGCAAAAUGGAAGCGUCACCCUGCUCUAUAUAAAGAAGUAUUUUAGCAAAAAGAAAAAUGACGAGUACUUGCUCGACAAUAUCAUAACGAAUGAAAAGUACAAACAAAUAAUUAACCAUCGGUCCUUCGUGGACACCUACCUCUCAGACACCAACAGCGACAUAAACAUCUACUUGAACAAUUUAUGCCUCGGCUUUAAAAUGGCUUCAAAAUAUGGCCCCAUCGCCCAGGAACCUAUCAGAGGAGCCCUGUUCAUCAUCGAGGGACUAAUAAUUGACGAGGUAGAAAAUGAAAACCUAUUCGAAGACGUAAACUCAAAGGAAGAAAUUAGUGAAUAUAAAAUUAACGCAGGAAAUAUCAUUGCACUAAUGAAAGAAGCCUGUUUAAAUUCUGUCCUGCAAAAUAAAUUACGCAUAUUUGAACCCAUGCUAAGAUUAAAUUUGACAUGUGAGAGUAACGUCCUGGGCAAGGUCUACAACGUGCUGCUCAAAAGAAGGUGCUCAAUUUUAUCUGAGGAGAUCAAAGAUGGUUACUUCCUAUACUGCAUCGACGCCUACCUUCCUCUGUUUAAUUCCUUUAAGCUGGCAGAAGAGCUAAGGUCCAAAUGCUCUGGCAAUGUUAUUUAUGAUAUUCAGUUCAGCCACUGGAACAAGCUCAAUGAGGACAUCUUCCUCUCGAAUGAUAGCUCCACUGUCGUCUACGACGAGGACUUUGAUGUUAAGUUGAUGGAUAAUACUGCCACAGAGAUUGUCAAUUUUAUUCGGAGGGCGAAGGGCCUAGAAACGAAUGAGAAGAUAAUACAAAAACCAGAGAAGCAGUGUACCCUCAAAAAGUAA